GUCGAUAUGGUCGUUAAAACCUCAAAACACAACCUUCUGCAUGAACGCAACGUGAGUGUUGACUUCAAUUUGUAAAGACCCAAGUAUUUAAUAUUUUUCAUUUUGUGCGAUUAUUUUUUAAUUAAAAGAAAAAGUAUAAAUAAAGCGGGCAGAUAUGGUGAUUCAGGACUUGAUAAAAACAAUAGGGGAUGAAGACGAUGUGCCAGACUUUUCUGAUAAAUCAGAAGACGAGGAGGAAGAGAACUUUCAACCAAAAAAGAAGAAAAUUAAAAAGUCAAAAGAUUUUGAUGAUAAAUUUACGUUUGUCAGUUCAGUAGCUGAUUACAACAAAGAUACAUGGAAUGAUUUGUCUAAGUAUAUUAAGAAAGGUGUGUCAACCAAAACCGAUGACAAAAUAAAACGAGAAAGAAAUAAACUUAUUAAAGAGGAGAAGAAUGGCAAUCAAAUUGAUGAAGGCUGUGAUGAAGAUGGUGAAUUGGGCAGUGAUGCUGAACACGAUGAAGAAGUAAAAACUGACAGUGAUUUAUCAGAUGAUGAACUACAGAAAGAUAAUAUACGUCUCAAGGAGAAGCUUGUUGGUAAGAAGAAGCGGAAGAAGCUUAAAUCGCUUGGGUUGGAUGAUGAACCCAAAGAAAUCGAGUUUGAGGAAAGAAAUUUCGAAGAAGCCGUUAAUUUUUAUGAAAUGAACUUGUCGAGACCACUUCUGAAGGCACUGGCAGCAGUUGGAUUUGUCCAACCAACACCUAUUCAAUCAGCAACGAUUCCACCUGCUCUUGAAGGGAGGGAUAUUUGUGCCUGUGCGCCUACCGGUACAGGAAAAACAGCUGCUUACAUGCUGCCGACUCUUGAGAGGCUUAUUUACCGACCGAGCACUACUUCUUCAGUCACAAGGGUGUUAGUUCUUGUUCCGACAAGAGAACUUGGAGUCCAGGUUUAUCAGGUUACAAGGCAGUUGUGCCAGUUUACAAGAAUAGAUGUAGGCCUUUCUGUAGGAGGUCUUGACUUAAAAGUACAGGAAUCAACACUUAGAAAAAGUCCUGAUAUUGUAAUUGCAACGCCUGGAAGAUUAAUAGAUCAUUUAAAAAAUACACCUUCGUUUUCGUUAGAUAAUGUGGAAGUCCUUAUAUUGGAUGAAGCCGAUCGGAUGUUGGAUGAAUAUUUCCAAGAACAAAUGACAGAAAUUAUAAAGGAAUGUGCUAGGACUAGACAGACACUGCUUUUUUCUGCGACAAUGACAGAAGAAGUGUCUGCACUUGCUGCUGUCUCUCUUACGAAGCCAGUCAAAGUGUUUGUCAAUGAUAAUCGCACUGUAGCUGAGAAUUUGCGUCAGGAGUUUAUAAAGAUAAGAAAAGAUAGAGAAGGAGACAGAGAAGUCAUCCUUGCUUCAUUGAUGUGCAGAACAUUUAGAGAUCAUGCCAUGGUAUUUGUACAAACAAAAAAACAAGCUCACAGACUGUACAUCUUGUUGGGUCUGCUUGGUUUAAAAGCUGGUGAAUUGCACGGUGACAUGACGCAAGCUCAAAGGUUAGAAGCUUUGAGAAAAUUCAGGGAGGAAGAAGUAGACGUUCUUGUAGCCACUGAUGUCGCCGCAAGAGGUCUUGAUAUAAGAGGAGUCAAAACCGUUGUCAAUUUUAUACUCCCGGCGACAAUGGAACAGUAUAUUCACAGAGUCGGAAGAACAGCAAGAGCCGGAAAGUCUGGCGUUUCUGUCAGCCUUGCUGGAGAAAGAGAAAGGCCUCUUGUUAAAGAAAUAGUCAAAUCCGUUCGCCACCCUGUCAGGGCUAGAACGAUACCAACAGAAAUCAUAUCUAAAUUUAAGAAGAAAGUAAAUGCCUUGGAGGAAAGGAUAAAUACAAUUUUGCAGGAAGAAUGGGAGGAAAAGGCUUUGAGGAAGGCUGAAUUGCAGAUGGCUAAAACGGAAAAGAUCCUUAGCCAAGAUGACAGUGAAAAAAGGAUGUGGUUUCAAACCGGAAAAGAACGAAGAGAGGAGAAAGAGAGGCUGAGGCUCGAAGAGAUACCAAAGUUCCAGAAAGGAAAGCCGAAGAACAAAGAAGUUGAGAAGGUAAAGAAAGGUAGGGCUCAGAGGAGGAAAAAGAAGGGUGAAACUACCUCAGAAGAAAGGGUCGAAAGGGAGAUGCAAAAGUUGGCUCUUUACCAAGCAAGGCUUGCUAAGCGCAAUAGAAAACCCAAGAAGAUGAACACCAUUUAUGACAAGCCUGAAGUGAAAAGAGCCAAAAUUAAUAAAACUAAGAAAUCAGUAUUUGAUUCUGAUCUUACUGAUGUAAGUAAAAAGGGAGUUAAGAAACUAAGAUAUGAAACAACGAAGCAUCAAAAAGAGCUCAAAUACGGAAAAAAAGAUGAAAAAGGUCCCAAAAAUAAAGGUAAAGGCACAAAUAACAUGAGAAAUAAAGGAAGGAAGAAAUAACUUGUAAAUAUUAUAUAUGUAUAUAUUAAAUAUAACUUGUUUUUAA